ACCGGCUCAGUUCUGACAGAAGGCAGAACAGAUCAGACGGUCCUGCAGAGCAAAGACUUGCCUCUGACCUGACAGCUAGAUUUAGACACGGAGACAACUCAGUUUUGGAGAAAGAGAUAGAGAGAUAGAGGCGACCUGUUGGAUUUUACUGCCGCAACACUUAUUGUCGUUUAAUGAACGGACUUCUUUGCAACAGUUCAAAUCUGCACAUAACUUUUAAAUGAGUUUUGCACUGUUUUUGAUUUUUUCUUAGUUAUUUGUUUAGAUUUAUAUACUUGUGCGUAAUAUUGGGUUUUGGGGGUUUUGUGAGUUCAAAGACCUUUUUUUAGUUCAUGGUGGAUUUUUAAAGGAUUUACUUCUUCAUUGUAAAGACUUAACUCUCAGUUUAUCUUUCCACUUGUCGGAUUCCACAGUUCCAUGAUGUCGUUUUUACGCAUUUCCAUCAGUUUAAUUGCCGCUCUGUGCGUCGGCGCAGCGCACGGUGCUUGGGAGCAGGGCACCGUUGUGCCGGUCAGGUUAGACCCGACGGCCCGGUCGGAGAGCGAAACCGAACCGUGGCGGACUCUUUCCGCGGAGGAGAGCGAGAAGGAGGCGGAAAUGAGGGUGUACCGGUUGGACGUAUUUGGCAUGCAGCUGGUUUUGCGUCUAGAGCCUGACCAGACCUUUUUGGCGCCAGGUUUUGUCUUCCACAUCGUGGGGACUCCAGUGUCUGAACCGACACCGAAACCCAAUAGCGGAGCCGAGCCGGGUUGCUUCUACUCGGGCACGGUGAACGGGGAUGAGCGCUCCGCCGCUGCGCUCAACCUGUGCCAUGGACUCAGGGGCGGAUUCUACUUCAAGGGCGAAGAGUACUUUAUUCAGCCCCUUAAAUCCACUGAUUUCUUGGGCACUGACAAGGAUGUGCAUACGAUUCGCCGGAGAGGCCGGGCAGCUUCGGCUGAGGAGAGCACCUCCAAGUGCGGGGUCAACGAGGAUGAGGAGAGGGUGCCAAAGAAUCUGGGAAAAGCGGCCAGUCACGGAGCCCCUAACGCAGACCAGACAGCUCACCACAGGGCCAGGCGUUUUGUUUCCACCCCUCGUUAUCUGGAGAUCAUGCUGGUGGCUGACCAGUCUAUGGCCGAGUUCCACGGCACGGGGCUCAAACCUUACCUCCUGACCAUCAUGGCAGUGGCGUCCCGCCUUUACCGCCACCCUAGCAUCCACAACUCAAUCAGCCUGGCGGUGGUGAAGCUGCUGGUGGUGUACGAGGAGGAGCGAGGUCCUCAGGUGUCAUCCAACGCUGCCAUGACUCUCCGCAACUUCUGCAAGUGGCAGCGACAGCACAAUCCUCCAAGCGACCGCCACCCGGAGCACUACGACACGGCCGUGCUCUUCACCAGGACGGACCUUUGCGGUGCCCACUCGUGUGACACUUUGGGCAUGGCGGAUGUUGGCACGGUGUGUGACCCGGACAGGAGCUGCUCGAUUAUUGAGGAUGAUGGACUCCAAGCAGCAUUUACAGUGGCGCACGAACUGGGCCACGUGUUUAACAUGCCUCAUGAUGAUGCCCAGCUGUGUUCUGGCAUCAACGGUGCCCACUGGGGUUCCCACAUGAUGGCCUCCACCCUGUCUAACCUGGACCAGCAGCAGCCUUGGUCUCCUUGCUCCGCCCUAAUGGUCACCACCUUCCUGGACAACGGCCAUGGUCAGUGUCUGCUGGAUAAGCCUGUUAAGCCCCAGCCACUGCCCCAGCCCCUGCCCGGGGCAGUCUAUGAUGCUGACCAUCAGUGUCGCCUGACCUUUGGUGAAGACUCCCAGCACUGCCCUGACCCGAGCACCACUUGUGCAACUCUGUGGUGCACUGUGACUACAUCCAAUGGUUUGCUCGUGUGCCAAACCAAGAACUUCCCAUGGGCUGAUGGGACACCCUGUGGGCAUGACAGCUACUGCUUGGCUGGGCACUGUCUCACUAAGAGCCAGGCCGCUAAACAACAGACUCCUGUUAAUGGUGGAUGGGGUCCCUGGGGUCCCUGGGGCGACUGCUCUCGGACCUGUGGUGGAGGAGUGCAGUAUUCCUUCCGUGCCUGUGAUAACCCUGUGCCUGAGAAUGGGGGAAAAUACUGCGAGGGAAAGAGGAUCCAGUACCGCUCAUGCAACACAGAAGUGUGCCCAGACACCAAUGGCCUGUCUUUCCGUGAGGAGCAGUGCUUGGCCCACAAUGACAUGUCAGCUCAAGUGUCACUGGGUUCAGGUGAGGGCGUCGAGUGGGUCCCCAAGUACGCUGGAGUUUCACCUAAAGACCGCUGCAAGCUGGUGUGCAGGGCCAAGGGGACCGGAUACUUCUUUGUCCUCAAGUCCAAGGUGGCUGACGGCACACCAUGCAGCCCUGAUUCCACCUCAGUCUGCGUCCAGGGCCAGUGUGUGAAGGCUGGAUGUGAUCGUAUCAUCGGCUCCAGCCGGCGCUUCGAUAAGUGUGGCGUGUGUGGCGGAGAUGGUUCGACCUGCAAGAAGGUGUCAGGCUCUAUGGAGCGUGCCAGGCCUGGUUACCAGGAUGUUGUAACUAUCCCUGCUGGUGCCACACACCUCGACAUCAAGCAGCGUGCUCCAGCCAGUAGUCGUCACGAUAACAGCUACUUGGCAGUGCGGCGCCAGGAUGGAACCUAUUUACUUAAUGGUGAUUACAAGCUGAUGACCAUGGAGACGGACAUUCCCCUCCCAGGGGCACUCUUGCGCUACAGUGGCUCCUCAGCCACUCUGGAGCGCAUCAGGAGCUUCUCCCCGCUCCCUGAGGCCCUCACAAUCCAGGUGCUUUCCGUAGGGGAAUCCCCGAGGCCCAGGGUUAAAUACAGCUACUUUGCCCCUCGUCCCAAUCAUGCUGCUUCAUCCUCCAACAACAACAACAUUGGAGGCCGUCGGAAGUCUAUCAAUGCCAUCCAAGAGGUGGGAGGAGCUGAGUGGACUCUGAGGGAGUGGGGUCCCUGUUCCCAGACCUGCGGAGAAGGUGUGCAACAGAGAGCGGUCGUGUGCCUGGACUCCCAGGGACAUCCCUCUGGAGAAUGCCCAGAGGAGCUUCGCCCUUUGGCCUCACGGUCCUGCGCCCUCCAUUCCUGCCCCUCCUGGCUCCUUGGAGAAUGGUCACCGUGCUCUAAGACCUGCGGCCGAGGUUUCCGUAAACGUGCGCUGCGCUGCAUCGACCACAACGGGCGCACGCUAACCAACGACAGCUGUGACCCCAAAGACCGUCCGCGACCCCUGCUGGAGCUGUGCGAUCAGAGUGCCUGCUGAGGACUGCAUAUGCAAUCUAACCUUCUGUUACACCAGCACUCAGAAAGACAGCAGAUUAAAAACUCUGAUCUUUUCUGCCCACAGAGGCUAAUGAAUGUUUACAUCCAGAGUGAGAGUGCUGCAGAAUUCAGUGUGUCCACAAUUGUCACUGUAACUAUCAAUAUUUAGCCAUUCCCUCCAUCAAUCCGGGGGUUAAAUGUUGAACAGUAGGACUGAACAUAGCUUGCUGCCUGUCUGUCCUCCUUGUAAAGCAGUGGCACAUUUCAUUUGCGUCCCAUUGAGGGGAAGAACGCAUGGACAUUCCUGAUUUCCCUAAAAGAGGAUGCUGCUUAUCAUGCCAAUGUCACACCUGUGUGUGCGUGUGUUUGUGUGUGUGUCAGACAGUAUGUGUGUGUCAUAAUUUUAAUGCAUGUAUAUAAUGUUUGUCCAAGCUGGGCUGGACAGAUAAAUAAUGGUUGGAAUGGGGGAGGAGCUUAAUCGCACAGUUUAUAAAGAGACAAAAGGAAGAGAAUAGCUCAUAAUCUAACUGCUCACCCCAUCAGGUAUGGAAAAUAAGAUGGCUCAUGGUCAUGUCCAAACUUCAGUCUGCAUUUAUUUAUCAUAAACCUGAAGCACUUCAUCUUCUUUUCUAUUCUUUUGUUUUAGCCAGCGGCACAUUGUAACACCCAGUUUCUCUGAAUGCCUCAGUAUAGUGUUUUUUUAGCCAUAUCUUGCCCUCGUCUACACAGCCUUCCAAGAGGGAAUUCCUCAAAGACCAAAGAGGUGUGUGUGUGUGUGAACAUGCGUGUGCGUGGAGGCCUAAAGAGGGACGUGUCUCCUACUACUACUUCAUAAGUAAGUCUCUCCUGCCUUCUGUGAAGACACCAUGUUUUGUUUUGUUUUUCCUUUUGUAUAGAAUAUCCAAACUUUAUUUAUUUUUGUACAGCCUGUUAAAUAUAACCAUGUGGCUUUUUAAAAAAAUAUUAUUUUUUAUUUGUUAUUGAGGUCAAAGAAGGAAGUAGAAUAUAUAGAGUAUUUAUACAGUGUUUUAUAUAUAUAAAUGGUCCUAGGUUCAUGAAUAAAACAUCGCAUUAACUUGU